AAAAAAAAAAAAACACGAAAGAGCAUUGCUGGUUUCUACUCGUGCAAAUGUUAUACACAUGCAUAUAUUCUUUAACCAAAAAGAAGAAGAUCGACGGAGCUCAAUAUCUGCACCUCCACGUCGGAUCUCCUGCGAUUUGCUGGCGCACUUUGUCGGCAUCGACGAGCAACUCCGGCGCCGGCUGCCAACAUCCUCGUUGGGUUUGCUCGACCCACUUCCCGCUUACCCCGCCCCGUCCUCUCCCUCUCUCUCUCCCUCUCCGCGGCGUGAUGGGAAAAAAGGAUACCUCGAAGAUGAACAUCGCCAUCAUUCAUCCCGAUCUUGGUAUAGGUGGAGCAGAAAGAUUAAUUGUUGAUGCUGCUUUGGGACUUGUGUCCCAUGGACACAAUGUUCAUAUUUUUACUGCACAUCAUGACCAAUCUCGAUGUUUUGAGGAGACUCUUUCUGGUGCCUUUGCAGUUACAGUGUAUGGUGCUUUCCUUCCGCGGCAUAUUUUCUAUCGGUUCCAUGCCAUAUGCGCAUAUCUACGGUGCAUUUUUGUUGCUUUUUGUGUACUGUUCUUGUGGUCUUCAUUUGACAUUGUACUAGCUGAUCAGGUCUCUGUUGUAAUUCCAUUGAUGAAACUGAAGAAGUUUUCAAAGGUUGUAUUCUAUUGCCAUUUUCCAGAUUUGUUGCUGGCUCAACACACAACUUUUGUUAGGAGGAUGUAUCGGAAACCUAUUGACUUCAUAGAAGAAAUAACUACUGGAGUGGCAGAUUUAAUCCUUGUUAAUAGCAAGUUUACUGCAUCUACUUUUGCAAAUACAUUCAAAAACCUUCAUGCUCGGGGAAUUCAACCAGCUGUUCUUUAUCCAGCAGUCAACAUAGACCAGUUUAAUGAACCCAAUGCUUUUAAGUUCAAUUUCCUCUCCAUCAACCGAUUUGAAAGAAAAAAGAAUAUAGAGUUGGCAAUUUCAGCCUUCGCCAUGGUACACACUUUUGAAAGCAAUGCUCUUCAAGGCCAGAAUUUGGACAAUAUUUCCUUGACUAUUGCAGGUGGCUAUGAUAAUCGUCUGAAGGAGAACGCUGAGUACUUGGAGGAACUCAAGGGCUUAGCAGAAAGGAAAGGAGUCUCUGAUCGGGUUCAUUUCAUCACAUCCUGCUCAACUGCAGAAAGAAAUAAACUUCUCUCUGAAUGCCUCUGUGUUCUUUAUACACCAAAGGAUGAACACUUUGGCAUUGUUCCCCUGGAGGCAAUGGCAGCUCACAAACCAGUUAUCGCAUGCAACAGUGGGGGCCCUGUGGAGACAAUUAAGAAUGAGGUGACGGGGUACCUCUGCGACUCUACGCCACAAGAGUUCUCUUCGGCAAUGGCUAAAUUCAUUCAAGAUCCCAAGAUGGCUGAAAAAAUGGGUGAGGAAGCCCGGCAGCAUGUAAUUCAGUCAUUCUCAACUAAAUUAUUUGGCCAGCAUUUGAAUCGGUAUCUCAUUGACAUUGUCCGGGGGAAGAGCGAGUGAACUAGGUAGAAACUGGCCUGAGAAAGAACAUGACAGCUGCUCUGCAUGAGCACAAGAAGGGUUUACAGGGCACAGUUCAACAAGGUCCUUUGUUAGAGUAACAGCACUGUUAACUAUAUAUAUUGAUCAUCAGUUGCCUUCUGGAUACAUAUUUGGCUAAAUGGUCUUUGACCAUGGGACGAUGUGAUUUAACUUUUGCAGUUGUUAGUUUCGGUUUCUUUGGCAUGGAAUAGAGUAGAUCAAGUUAUGGUGCUUAUCCUAGCGCUUGCAGUCUCACAUAAACUUUAUCCGAGUUUUUCUAGUUUAGAAUAGACUGAAAUACAAGGAAAAACUAUUUGAUGAAUCUCAUAAUUGUAUUUUAUUCUAUUUUUGCAUAUCAUAAGAUAAUGUGUUCAUCUUUAUGCUUUAA